GCCAUCCCCACAAGGACAUGCGACGCUAACGUAGUUAUCAAGUUUUUGCAAGGUAAUAUUUUGAGCAGGUUCGGAUUCCCUCGGGCCAUUGUGAGUGACGGAGGCAAACACUUUUGCAACCGCCUAUUCGAGAAGUUGAUGACAAAAUACGCCAUAUCGCACAAGGUGGCGACACCCUACCAUCCACAAACAUCGGAGCAAGUGGAGACGAGCAACAAGCAAAUUAAGAUUAUCUUAGAGAAGAUGGUGAAUUCAUCCCGAAAGGAUUGGUCCCGACGACUCGACGACGCAUUAUGGGCACAACAGACCACAUACAAAGGAGUGUUGGGGAUGAGCCCUUUUCGGCUCGUCUACAGGAAGGCUUGCCAUCUCCCGGUCGAGAUUGAACACAAAGCGUUUUGGGCGAUUAAGAAGAUGAACUUUGACCUUGAUUCGGCCGGAAAGGAGAGAUUGUUGCAACUAUCGGAACUCGAGGAAUUGCGAAACGAGGCGUACGAGAAUUCGAAGAUUUAUAAGGACAAGGUCAAACGACUGCACGACGCUCAUCCGCGUAUUGUUUAUGAGUGGAUUCAGGGCCUUGAAUUGAUUUUCGAGGUCAUGGACUGUCCAGAUCGCUAUCGCGUUAUUUGCGCACAGCUUCAGUUAACCGGUGAUGCUCGACUCUGGUGGAAUGCCUACUGGAGCAUGCGUCCCGAAGAAAAUGAGGGUUGUACCUGGGAGAGAUUCAAGGAGAUGAUCCGUGAGAAGUAUUAUCCCACGUACUACCGAGCUGAGAUAGAGCGUCAGUUUCUAUCGCUCAAACAGGGUACUUGUACUCUUGAUGAGUACGAGAGAGAGUUUACCAGACUCGGAGCUUUUGUUCCAGAUUUGGUGCGUACUGAGGCACAGCGAGCACAGCAUUUCACUAACGGGCUUUUCCCAGCAGUUC